CAUUUUCAAUCUCAACCGUACUCACGGUAUCGCAUAAGUACAUUCAAAAUUCUAAGUAUAUUUUUGAUUCGACGUCGUUCGUGUCUGAAGCUGAUCGUGAGCUUCUACGUCAUAUUGAUAGAUGGCACCCACCGAGCCGGCGAUAACUAUUGUUAUCAUUUAACCUUUCUGGCCAUGUUCUGACCGCCACCGAAUGUUCAGUGGUUUAUUUACACUUGGCGCUUUCGCUCGUCGAAAAUAUUUACUCGUUGUUGAGAAAGGAAUAAAGGUCUACCGAGCACCUGUUCAAAUUCAAAUAUUCAACAAUGGCUUCUUCCGCCUCUAACGUUGACGAGCGGAUGCUGAAGGCUUCCCGGAAGAUAGUCCCGGUCUUGAGCACCUCAAAAUACAAGGGUCAGAACGGAAGGAUUGGAAUAUUUGGCGGGAGUGCCGAGUACACUGGUGCUCCGUUUUUCGCAGCAUUUAGCGCACUGCGAAUCGGGGCUGACUUGGCCCACGUAUUUUGCACGAAAGAUGCGGGGAUUCCCAUAAAAACCUUCAGUCCCGAACCGAUAGUUCAUCCGGUUCUCGACCAGCACGAUGCUGUAAAACAGAUAAAACCGUGGCUCGAUAGGCUGCACGUGAUCGUCAUUGGUCCCGGCCUGGGUAGAGACGAGAAGGUCUUCAAAGUAAUCUCGGACAUCAUCGUGAUUUGUCGCGAUCUGAAGAAGCCCUUGAUCAUAGACGCUGACGGUCUCUUCCUGAUUACUCAGAAGCCAGAACUGAUCAAGGAUUAUCCGGGGCUCAUCUUAACGCCGAACGCUAUAGAGUUUUCUCGACUGGCAAAGGCCUUUCUGGAAAAGUCGAUCCAGCCGGCUCCCGUUGCUAAAAUAUCGGACGUUAAACACCUUGCCGAUGUUAUUGGGAAAAAUGUUGUUGUUCUGCACAAGGGUGCUAAGGACGUGAUCGUCGAUGGUCACAAGGGCACGGAGACACUGUCCUGUGGAGCUUCCGGAUCUCCGAGGAGGUGCGGGGGCCAGGGUGAUCUGCUGUCCGGAGCUUUGGCCGUCUUCUACUGGUGGGCCCUCAGUGCUGGGCCCAGUGAGUGUGCCUUGUCCCCGGCGAUGACGGCCUCCUAUGCUGCGUCCAGGUUGACGAGAGAGUGCAACGCUGCCGCGUUCAAGAUCAAACAGCGAAGCAUGCUUACGACAGAUAUGAUUGAAUUUAUACAACCCGUGUUUGCUAAAUUGUUCGAAACACAUGUUUACAAAUGAACUUGACGUGAUGUGACUCUUAAGGCACUUAUAAUUUGGCCAAAGUAAUCAUUAUUAUGAAUUUUAAGCUAUUCAUACAGUGGAAUAACUCUUCGUUUUUAUUAACACACCGAUCUUGAAAUAAUUAAACUCUUGUACUUUCAGUAGCUUUCUUAUAGCUUUUUAUUUCGUAUACUUAUUGAAAAGAUAACUUGUCUGAGGUGGGGAUAAGAUUUAAUAAAAUACCGCUGGCAUUGUGUAUUGUCAUACUUCAUCUCAAGCUUGGAUUAACGCACAUCAUACAAGUAUGGGAGCGUGAUUUAUUGUGAUAUAUAAAACAAGAAAAAAAAAUUUCGAAAAAAUAAAAAUAAAAA